AUAACACCCUCAACGCAUCAUGUUUUCAUUACUGUCAACUGCAAAAAAGUGUGCCAUGCUUUGUAUAAAGAAAACAGAAACCCCAUUCUUUUCAAACUUUUCAAAUUCUCCUCAUUUUAGGACCAAACAUCAUCAAACAUGGGAUCUUGCUCCAAAAUAGAAUCUUUGCCACUAGAUUGCGUUUCUGAAAUCUUGUCACGUGCAUCACCAUUAGAGGCAUGCAUGUGUUCACUGCUCUCCUCUACCCUUCGCUCAUGUGCGGACUCUGACAUGGUUUGGAGGAGCUUCUUGCCCUCUGAUCACCAGGCCAUUGUCUCCAGGGCCGUCAAUCCUUUCUCCCUUCACUUCUCUUCAUACAAACUACUCUUCCAUUAUCUCUGCCACCCUCUUCUCAUUGACCAGGGCAGCAAGAUAUUCAAAUUGGAAAAGUGUUCGGGUAAAAAAUCUUUUAUCUUAUCUGCAAGGGAAUUGUCAAUAGCAUGGAGCAGCCACCCCAUGAUGUGGUGCUGGAAACAACUUCCUGAAUCAAGAUUUGCGGAGGUGGCAGAGCUUAGAACAGUAAGUUGGUUAGAAAUAGAGGGGAAGAUGAGGAGGCAGAAUCUAACGGGAAACACGACAUACGCGGCGUAUCUGAUAAUGAAUGUUUGUGAUGGGGCAUUCGGGGUUGAGUUUGUUCCGUCGAAGGUAUCGGUUAGUGUUGGAAAGCAAGUUCAGAGAGGCAGAGCUUAUUUGUGUUGUAAAGAUGAGAAGAAGUGUAAGAUGGAGAUUCUAUUUUAUAGGAACCGGAGAGAGGUGAUGAGAAAGGCAGCGUUUGGAGAGGAAGGUGAAGUGAUUUCGAUUCCGUUGAAAAGAGAAGAUGGGUGGAUGGAGAUUGAGCUGGGAGAGUUUUUCAUUGACGAAGCUGAAGCUGAAGCUGAUGAAGAAAUAACGAUGAAUCUAAGGGAAGAUAGUUAUCAACUGAAAGGAGGCCUUAUCAUUGAAGGCAUCGAAGUUAGACCCAAACACAUCGUGUCUUGAUUUCUAUCAUGUUUUCUUUUCGAAUGCUUCAACCAUUCUUCAAAAUAAUAAAACUAAUCGAAUUAUUCAUAUUUUAA